AAAGGCAUGACUGGACAUGCAGCAUCGAUACCCAGUCAUGCUUCCGACAACUAAGCGUAAGCUUCCUCAACGAUGACGAACAUCCCGCCUUACCCCCAGUCCAUCCCCUUGUCCGUGCCAAGCUCCAGCUCGCAGGCCAUGCAGGAGGCCGAGCUUGUUGCUCUCGUCUUAGCUAUGCGGCUGCAGCCAGGCGCAGCAGCAGGUGCUGGAAGUACGGGAAGAAGAAAAGAAGCAGGUCAUGCAAGCAAAGACUCGAGUGAUGCCGCAGUCGCUUCGGAUCUCGCUGCAGUGGUCCAAGAGCCAGCGGUUGUAGCGGACACUUUGGACCUUUGCCAUCGCAAGAUCGAGAGCGUCCCAGAAGAAGUGGUGCAAAUUCUCAAGGAUGAAAUUGUGCGCUUGGCUCUCGGAUACAAUCUCAUCACGACCCUGCCAGCGUCGUUUUCCCAACUUUCAAGGCUACGCUAUCUCAACGUUCGUGCCAACCUGCUCACCGUCUUUCCAACAGUCGUCACCGAGCUUCCGUGCAUUGAGAUAUUGGACAUCAGUCGGAACAAAGUCCGUUCUAUGCCAGAAGCCCCUGGGCGACUUCUCAAUCUACGCGUUCUUUCCAUUUCCAAUAACCGACUCAAGCGCCUUCCGCACUAUGUCGCGCAGAUGCGGCAUCUCAAGAUUCUCAAAAUUGAGCACAACCCACUUAUAUGGCCACCCCCUCACAUCGCUACGGUGCCCACCAUCACGACUGCUGAAACUGCCGUCGCAGCGGUGGCCGCUGCCUCUCCACCUCCGAAUACGCCGGCAGCUCAGAAAGAGAUGGCAAAAGAGCGCGAGAGGCUACUGGCGACUCGUAGGAAAGCAGAGGAUCGGACCAUGAACGCUUGGAUCAAAGAUCUGCAAAAUUGGAUCGAAGAUCAGACCGCUACUGGUGCGAGGAAACAUCCAAUGGAAGCCAACGAGCUGGAUGCAUUGGAGAGCGAUGUCAUGUCCCUCCCUGUCCCCAAGCCCGAAACUUACACUGCGCCUGUGUUGGAAAAAUCCAUUGCUGCUGCAGAAUUCGACGUGCCAUCAACGUCAGCUGCAACCACAGCUCUCGGUGAAAUGCUGAUCCAAAUGGGAUCUCAAGCUUCGUCGAGAUCGACGACUCCGGCCAGCUCUGAACGCAGGCCUUCGCCACCACCGCCAAGUACGCAGUCCAUACCUGAUCCGGUCCCACCAUUACCAGCCGAAUUUUCGCCCUUGAGCUCGCCAGCUACGGAGCCAACGAGCGUAUUUAAAUCCGAAUCACUACAAGAACCUCGGCAGCCAACGCUGGCGGAGCUAGCGGUUCUCGAGCUUGCUGACCCGCUGCCGCCGCUGCCACCGCCGCCAGCUGCUUUUCGAGGACGCCACAGUCGAGAUGUCUCCAGUAGCUCGUCGGCCUCAUCGGCUAGUCUGUCAAAAUUGUCUGGUAGGCUACCGAAGCGCCAAAAGUCGAGCGAGACUGUUGACAUGAUUGACGGACCGGCUCAAGACACUUCGUCCCCGUGGCAAGCAUUCACGACAAGCACUGAUGGUGAUAUUGGCGACCGAACAGUCAUCGAACAACCUACGCAGCCACUAAUUAUCAAGAAGUUGACGAAUCAAUUGACCUACAGCCAAGAUACAGACCAGAGUGCAUUUGUGUCCCAUUCGCCACCAGCCAGCCUUAACGGCGGCUCGACUUUGCUGCCCUCAGCCACUUUGCGGCACCCCCCAUCUGGCCUGCGCAAACUCAGUUUACCCUCGACUGUUGCUGCGCAGGCUGCAGCUGAGAACUUGGGGACGCCACCACCCUCUUCAUCAUUUGCGGCGGCCACUCCAGAUGCAUCUUACCUGCGUCGGACGCCGGGUGGCAGCACGCAGAUACCGAUUCUUCGCGGCUCGCCAUCGUCAGCGAAUGGCCACUCUGCUUCCGUCGAUGUGGAGCGCAAUAUCUAUUUCAAGCGUCUCUCUUCCAUGCCACGAGCGAUGGCUUCCAAGGCGAUUCCCCCGCCGGUAUUGAUGUUCAUCGAUGCCACACGUGGCCUUCUUUUCGCCUUGUCUCAGAUGCACACCGCACUGAAACAGUACAUCUUCUUCACCCUUGAAGAGCGCAUCUCUAUGCAAUUCAACCGCAUCUUGGAAGUCGCUGGUGGGUCCAUGGCAGGACUCAUUAGAGCGCUCGAUCGUUUCGACUCGCUUUCAAGGAAUGGUAACGCGGAGGCGGGCAUCGUUCGCGCAGUGUUGGCAGCAUGCAAAGAUAGCAUAUCCACGUUUCGACGCGUCGCAUCCGUUUUGCAACUCCAGCUCAAGCCAUUGCAGCAAACUGCCGAUGUGCGAUACAGCCGGACCUUCGUUAUGAUGCUCUACGGUACCAUUGUUGAGCUUAGCAACAGCUGGAAGUCGAUGUCUCCUCAUAUUGAGGCAGUGCAGCCUUUCCUGCAACACUCCGAGGUGCUUACGAUUGGCGACAAGAGAAUGGACAGUGCUCUUUCUCCCAUCGCUGAAGGGAUACCACAGUCUCGUCCGCGGCAUAUAGCGAAUCCUUCCGUCACCAGACCUCAGCGACGGCGCCAUGCUGGCUCUUUCAGCGCGAAAGACGUGGCACAGGGAGCUCUGCUCAACGCAACCGCAACAGCCCCUGCUCAUACGGAGACAUUUGACGUAGACGACAUGGAGCGCGCACGAAAACGAGGUGCAGGGGGUCGCAGCCGACUGGGCAGCGAUGACAUCUCUACUGGUGUCAUGUUUGAGCAAGACAGGCCCUUGGCGACUCGCAGCGCCGAACCAAGAACCUCUGCAUUCACCAUUAGGCAGACCCCAUUUAUGCCAGAGCUCCGACAACACGACAGGAAGGACAGUUCAUCUACCGCACCUAUGUCGGCUUUGGAUGUUUGGCAUACGCCGAUGUCCGCCGUGCGCACGGCGCCCUUGCAGAUGCAGCAAAAGCAAUCGCUAACUCCGCUCAGGAGAGAACUUGCCAGUCCUCUCGAUGAUCAUCUUCUCGAGCUGGUGGACAAGGUAACCAUGACUUCAGCCUCCGUUUGGGCAAGUCUGCUGGGUCGAAGCCUGGAUGAAGAUAUUGCACAUUUCACGUCACGCGACUCUCAGCCCAGUACACCGGCUGCGGAGUCUCAGCCGCCUUCGCUAGGGUCUAAGCUGACGGAGCUACGCGGCAAAUCUACCCAAUGCGACCAACUUACUGGACUGCUGCGUUCCACGCUACAGGAAUGUAGAUCAGCUUUCCAACGGCUGGAAGAUGGCGCCGCGCAUGAGGAGUGCGUUGCGCGGCUCUGGGACGAAUCAAACAGACUUGUCAGGCUCAUCGUCCAAAUCUCGACCCUGAUCAAGGGCAUCUCUGCUGAGUACAGCUUCCAAAAGGAGCUGCUGGGCAGUCUGGGUGCGUUAACCGCUUCGUGCACGGAGUUGAUGAUCCAUAUGCACUUCUUGUCGCCUGAAAAGAUGCGCACUGCAUCUGCAUCUGCGUCGAUAGCGGCAUCAACAGCUGCAGCGGCAGUACAAGCAAUUCGCGGUCCACAUACGGCCCCCACCCAUGUAGCCUAGUGUUUCCGUUGUAUUCUUUCACGAUUUGAUCGUAUGUGAUGCAGUUGCUUGUAUGCUACAAUGCGAUAUUCAUCCGCU